CGUGUGCAGCGCGCAAGUAGUAGUAUUGGAUGCCAUUGUUGCAAGUUGCUCUGUCGAGUGAACUUGCGUCUGUAUUUGCACGUAAGACAAUUAUUAUAUACAAAGUAACGAAGGAUAUUUAUUUGAGAAGAGACAACGAAUAACGUAUGGAGAAAGAAGACAAGUUUUAUCGCAGACGCAGUUUCGAUAAUUUCAUAAUAACCAAGCGUACUUAUAAAAGCAAGAAACACAUCUUUCUCGAUUGUAUUGUACGCAAUACACACGUGUGUUUGCCUCGAGCUCGAUAGCUAUACUAUACAUAUACACAAUGCGAUGUGAUCGCCGAUGAUACGCAACGAAAUCAUAAAGAAAUUCUUUCGCGCGUCAGCGAACACUGAACAAGCAUUCGAAAAGAAGGCAACGACUCUUGAGAGAGAGAAAAAGAGAGAGAGAGAGAGAGAGAGAGAGAGGGAGAGAGAGAAAGAGAGAAAGAGAGAGAGAGAAAGAGAGAGAGAGCACCUAAUCCAAUGGUACAACCUGUUAGUCGUUUCUAGACUCGACUUUUAAAAUCAACAUAGUAAUGGACCACCCACUUCACUCACGAACUUUGCAUAUCUAAGGGGAUCUUUAGAAAAAGGAAGGCCAACUUUUAAGGGACAAGUUUUCAAAGAAAGACAUUUUACCGGACGACUUUUAGUACAAAAAAAAAAUACAAAUGUUGUUGAGAGAUUUGAAUGAACAGCCGUAACGAGGGUCAACAGUUAUAAGAAUAUAUAGAUAGAUCUAUAAAUAGAAAGGAAGGUAAAAAUUCCUAACAAGGGGGACAAAGGUAUAAAGUAAAAAGAAAAACCCUACAAAGGAAAAUAUUCGAAGGGAAAAGAAAAAUGAAACUAAUCGGACCUUUUGGUUUUGCGGCGAUAAUACUAUCCCUUGUCGUCAUCCUAGGUGGUAUACCUACGGUAUCGUCGCAAGAGCAUGCCACUCUUCUACCUGCUGACGAAUGCGAUUGGAUCGGAAGUGGUGGAGGUGGCCGGGGAGUACGACCCGUUUAUCUUCGAUGUUCAAGAGGGACCGUUUUAUGGCGUUAUCCUCGAGGAGCCUUGAGGAUAGUUUUAUCAGUGGGUGCGGUAAUAAGCAGUUCAGCUAUUGGAUCUCGAUCUGGUAUUAAAAGUGUUCCAUUGGCAAAUGGGAAGAGAGUUAAUGAAAUUGGGCCCAAAUCGAAUUCCGGAUCAAGCGGUUUUCGCGUUUGCGUUAAGGCAUCAGGCCCAACAAGGAUAUAUUUGGAAAGCAACGGUACGCUGAGGCCAGUUUACUCGCCGCGCGAUGGAAAAAACGAAGCGUCUCACCGUUGUUUUUAUACAAAAAAACAACGUACAGCUCUCUACGUCGAGGCAGACGAAUUAACCGCAAAUAAUAAUCGCGCUAAGUUACAAUACGACGUAGAACCGUUCGUUAUUAAUCAUAGCACGCCGGACGAGUCAGACGAGGAAGCGGAAUGUAGACCUUGUUCAAUGAAGGAACUAGCUGAGGCUUACUGUCAGAGUGACUUUGUUGGUAGAGGUACCGUCACUGCUGUACAAAGGAAACCCGAGCUCGAAGCUGCCGAAUUAAUUUUUAGGAUAACGAAAACUCUUCACAGAGUUGAGGAAACUGAGACCAACGAGGUAUUCUCCAUUCUUCCAAAUCCUCAUCUCGAAAAGAGCAUCCGUAUAAGAGUAUCUUCUGCUUGUGACGCUCGUCAUGGCCAGGGAGAAUUUGUAAUAAUGGCUCGUAGAAGACUCGACGAUCUCACGCUUGUUUGUGCACCAAGACUAGAAACUUGGGCGGAAGUCGUGCGUGAAUCGAUCACUGCACCGUGUCUGCUAAAAAGCUAGCGGUUGAGAGACUAUUAAAAUGCUUUCAUCAACUUCUUCUUAUCAUUGCAAUUAUAUGUAUAAAGCUUAUAUUUCAUUACUAGAUAUCGGAAUCGUCCCGAAGUUUCAAAAAGUAGUUUAAGUAAGCACAGUGCUAAUAUUAUAUGUUUAUGAUGUACGUAAGAAACGUAAGAAAAGAUAAACGUGUUUAUGCUGCACAUCGUUCGAUAAUGUAUCAUAGAAAAUCACGCGAUUUAUCUUAGAGAUUAUUUAUAUUUUUUUUAUAAGUGUGUGCUUACUUACACUACCGGGUUAAUUUUC